AUGAAGCUUGUGACGACGGUUUCGAUUCUACUGUCGAUACGAUACGAUGGGGCGUUUGGUGACUCAAUCCGAGGCAGAAGCAUAAAAGGCAGUCAAACUGACCAGCGAAACCUAAACGCGUUACCGUUCGAAAUACCAGAACGAAAAGACGAGCCAGUAGCCUCAAAGGAUGACUUGAAGUUGCAAUUAGGCGAAGGUUACAGGUUCACACCUAUGCCUACGACUCCAGCUCCAACACAAUCACGGUCACCGUCGUUAAGGCCGACCUCUUCGGUUAGCCCUUCGAAUACCCAGAGUCCAAGCACGUUUCCGUCCACAAAUCCGUCAAGUGCCCCGUCGAAGAACCCAACAGCCUUGCCCUCUAUCACGCCAUCGGUGGUCCCAUCCGUUUCGCCUUCAGCGAGUCCGUCAAAGCAACCUACGCCACAACCGACUCCUGCUCCCACGCCUGGGCCAACACCACAACCGACUCCUGCUCCCACGCCUGGGCCAACACCACAACCGACACCCGCGCCGACACCUGGACCAACAGCUCCGCCAACACCUGGACCAACUCCUCAGCCAACGCCUCCGCCAACGCCUGGACCAACUCCUCAGCCAACUCCUCCGCCAACGCCUCCACCGACACCUCCGCCGACACCUCCGCCAACGCCUCCGCCAACGCCACCGCCAACACCCCCACCAACGCCACCGCCCACACCACAGCCUACUCCGCCUCCAACGCCGCCGCCAACACCUCCACCAACACCCGCUCCAACGCCACAACCUACUCCCCAGCCAACGCCGCCUCCCACGAUAUCUCCAUCUGCGGCGCCUUCCGCAAAGCCAGUAACUGCUUUCUUUGAAGAAAUUGGAAACAACGGAUUGCCAAACAAUGUUUUCCCACUGAAACAAUGUGAGGGAGAUUGCGAUGGAGACUGGGAAUGUGCAAGUGGUCUCAUUUGUGCAGAACGAAAUGGCAAUGAACCAGUUGCUGGAUGCAUGGGUAUAGCUAAUACAGGGAUAGACUAUUGCAAGGAUCCCAAUGCUAUCUUGGAAGAAAAUCCUGUCUUCCCCACUGAUCCAAAUGCGUUUCAACUGCGAUUGUACUGGCAACAGGGAUACUUUUGGCAAGAGACGAACGCUGAAACCUUUUGGUGUAUGGAGUGUGCGAAAUGCAAUGGGUAUGGCUUGUUGGAUGGCGAUUUGUUUGGAUGCAAAACUCCAGGGCCAACAGGUUCAUCCUGUCGUGAAGGAUACAACAUUUGGGUGCGAAAUUGCAAGGAUCCUCAGCACGACUUUCGGUUUGACAUUAUCAAGAACAACCGAUCUGGAGACCAAAUUCGAGUGUCCGGUACAAAUCUGUGCCUAUCGACCGUCGAGAGAUAUCUGGAAUUGCGGAAGUGCGACAGUAGCAGAGGAAGACAGCUGUGGGCCCCGAUCACUGAUUCAAAUAGAUUUGCAUUGAAACCUUACAACCAACGGACUUGGGACGAACGUUCCAGCGAAUGCUUGAGCCAGCUACAUCACCCAAAAGACAAGGAACUUGUUGGUUUGCAUCAAUGUAAAGAAACCCGAGAUCAUACUACAAUCUUUUGGCAACAGUAUAGACGAUGA